AAUUAUGCAGUUAUUCAGAUUAAUCUUAACACUGGCUACGAACUAAUGCUUACAAAUUUUCCUCAAUCUAGAAGCCGAGGGUUCCGAAAUAUAUUCUUGAAAUGAAGUGCUAUUUCAUAUUUGCGACCUCUUUAAUGGUGUCUCUCUUGUUUACGCUCCUAAUUUAUAAGCGUCCCCAACAGCACGAACCUGCUAACAAUACUACAGUCUCCGAGCCAGAUAACGUUACUGAAGCCGACAACACGGAUCAUCAUCAGUGGUGGAGUCCGGAUCCUGAUCCUGUCGACACAUCAACACCUUCACAAAUGACGCCUCUGGAUGACUCUCUCAUCCUCUUGGAAACUUGGGAAGGUAUGAGUGACGAAGAAUUGGAGUUUCUCCAACAAAAUCUCGAAAACCUUAUGUCACACAAUUUUGACCAUUUCAUCCAUCGCAAUAAUAAGAAUAAAGACAGUUCGAAAGAUUUAGAAAAUUAAAUUUUAUAAUUGGAAUAUUAAAUGCUUGUACAUAUCUACAUAUUGAAUUCCUGGAAGAGUUGGAGUAAAAAUGUUGAGCGAAUUAAGUGAAUCGUAUUGUAAGCGCAUACGGAUGUAAGUAUAAGUAUCUGCUGUAAUCGUUUAUUAUUUUAGUCAUUGUAGUCAUAAUAAAUAUAGUACAAAUUUUUAUGAUGUAAACUAUUCCACGCAGCAAUAAUUCAAAGUUCAAGAAGAUUUGAACUUUGCAUCGAAGACGAAUUGUUAUUAAACUCAUUUGCCGAGUUUAAUAACAAUUCUAAUAAUUUGUAAGCAUGUAGCUAAAAUAUCUAACGCAAACAAGUCAGUGUAUUAGGUAUGUAUGUCAUAUGUACAUGCAUACAAAAUGCGAUUUGUAUAUCGCAUUCUUGGCGCACGUGUUGCUAUCCAAUUAAAAACAUUCAUUUGCCUACGCAAAUAAUCAGUUACAUAUAAAUACCUAAAAAUAUUAAAUGACUAAUCUAAUUUAAAUAAAUAAAAACUAUUCGUCUCUAUUUCUGACAUAAAUAAGCAUGUUUCAAAACUACACGAAAAUAUUUGUUUCCCAAAUUAUAAUUUUCCUACUUCAAUUUAAUCUAAGUAUACCAGAACGAGUUCAUGAGCAUUGUGAGGAUUCACUCCUUACAUUGUCAGACGUUCCACACGGUAAAAUUUCAACAGUUUUAAUUUUGUUUUACCAAAUAUGAUAUUCAUAAAUUAAAUUUGCUUCUACGAAAUUCUAAAGGUGAAAGUGUUCUUUCGAUAAACAGAUUAGAUGACGACGACCAAGUAGCCAAUACAUGUACAAUGUAUUCCAUUAAUAGUACUGCCCCAUACGCAUUUGGAAAUUAUGGGGAAAUGGAUAUUUGUCCAUGCGGACAUGCCGCCGUGGCGUACAACUUGCAAAUAGACGAAUACCACGGUUCCGGUCCUGGUCAGGACGACAUGUUCAUUUCCGGGAUAAAAUUUCUCUGCACAGAUGACACGACCCAAGUUAGCAGCGCUACCUCAAACCAGAUCCCAUGGAACUCAAAGGGAUGGACUAGCUGCCCGGAUGAAACCUACCCAAUCGGUAUUCAAGUCUUUUAUGAGGAAAUCCUCUCAAAUAAUGCGGAAGAUCUUGGAUCGACGGCAGGAGUACGACUCAUCUGCAGUGAUGGACGGCAUGAGAAUAAUUAUGCCAGUUUUAUGACAGGACGCUGGCCACUGAUCAAGCUAGCGGCGCAAGUGUGCCGAUCAGGAUAUGCUCUGGUAGGGCUGAGGACGCAGGUUGACGAUUUUAGCAGAGAUAAGACUGGCUUAAACAAUGUCAUCAUUUAUUGUGAACGGGAAGCGUCAAGAAGAUGCACUUGAGGAAAGACCAGUCGUUGUAGUACAUAUGCUGUAUCUAUUUGGCUUCAUUAUCUAUUUUGGAUGAAAUAUAAAUUUUCAUGAUUUGCUACAUAUUUUGUAAGUACGGAAGUACUCAAAGAAAAGGAGUGCGUGCGUAUAAUGAAAUAAACUACUU